AUGGAGCGGCUUUUUGACACCCAGACCUUUCGUCCCAUCGCCCUGCGCUGCGGCUUCCGCGCAGGCGCUGACAAGAGCGGAAUGUCUUGCCCCAUGACGCCCAAAGAGGCGCUGUCCACCCUUCGCAGGCGUUCAGAGCUGGGACCCUUGGCAGACGAUGGCCUGGCCAUGUAUAUCGGUGCCUGGGAGUACGAUGCCGAUGACUGGACUGCCGGGGGUGGUGACUGGUCGGCGGGCCUGAGCGCUGACUUGAAGCCCGGAGUGCCAUUUGCCAAGUGCAUGCUGAAGGAAGAGCUUGGUGAACAUCAUGAACUUCCUCGCAGCAUGCGCUGGAUCUACAUCGGGGAGCCAGGCAGUGGCACCUGCGCCCACUGCGACCCGCUUUGCAGCCAUGGGUGGAUGUGGCUGGCCGCCGGCCGGAAAGACUGGCGCCUAGUGCACUUUGAGGCUGCCAGCCACACCCAGCGCUGUGAGGCGGUUCCAGAGGGCGCCCCUGAGGACUUGUUCAGCAACGGCAGUUGCAACAAUCUGGCUCAAUGGCUCCAAUCUUUGGGGGCUUCGCAUGAGGCCUGGUUCGGCACGCUGCUGCCAGGGGAGCUGAUCUUUGUGCCCGCCGGCGUGCUGCACGCGGUCCAGAACAUCGGGCCAGGAGUCAGCAUCGCGGUGUCGCAGAACUUUAUGGACGCCAGCUGCGCCGAGGAUGUGCUGCGGUGCCUGGAGCAGGAGCGAUGUUGCUUUGAGUCCAAGACCUGGCUGGCAAAGGCCUUGGCAGGCAUGAGCUACACACCUAGCAGGCCGCCGAAGCUUGGCUCGAGCGACCGAGCGACCGCACGGCACGGCCCGGGAGUCGUCGCCAUGUCGAGAGAUGUCACCAAGCCGCUAGACUUUGUGCAGCCGCCCAGGACCGUGGCUGGCGGCUUCAUGCGGCCCAACCGCGUCCCAGAUGUGGAGCACGAGAUCCUGAUGCAGGAGUUCGUGCACGCGCAUUUGAUGACCAUCCUCCAGCCCUUCAACGAGCAGAUGCAGAACCUGCAGGAAGGUCUCCAGAAGGUGACCCUGCAAUCAACCGGCACUGCUGCUGAGGUGACAAGGCACCGAGAGCAGAUCUCCACACAUCACAAGAUGAUUGCAGCCUUUGACAAAACGACGGAGGAGCUCUCCGGCGCCUUGCAGGAGCUGCAGAAGGAGGUGCGAGUGGUCAGCAACAAGCACGAGGCCUUGUCCCGAGACCACUACCAAGUGAAGAACUCCCUGGAAGAUGCGGAGUCCCGGCUUCGGAGCGCCACCGCCCAGAUCGAGGACCUCUUCGGCGGCCAGACGGGCGUAGUUGCACAACUCGAGCGGCUGAACACAGGCCUCGCGGACAUUGAGCAGCACGUGGGCACCGUGGUGGAGAGCAGGCUGAAUCACUUGCAUGGCUUUUGCCGUGACAUCCGCACCGAGCAGACCAACCUGUCGGAGGCGGUAAGUGACUGCCAAACCGACAUCCACCGGAACCAAGAGAACAUCAAGCAGCAGCAGUCGAAGAUUGUGGCAAGACAGGGCGAGGACGACGAGAAGUUCGCCUGCCUCAGCCAGCACGCCAAGGGCUUUGAGGCGAAGCUGAGCCAAUUGCUGGCAGACCUGAAGAGUACCGAUGAGGUGGCCAAAGCCACCGAGAAGGAGACCCAGCGCGCGCACAUGGAGGUGGCCAAGCUCCGGUCCACGCAGCAGCUCUACGCGGAGUACUCGGAGAUCUUCCUGGCGGUGAAGGAGAACUCCCGGAGAGUGGGGAAGCUGGAAGACACCGUGCAGUUGAUGAACUCCCGAAACCCCGUGGAGAUCAGCAUCUUCCAGGACACGAUCCAGAAGAUCCAAGCACAAGUCGAUGACAACGAGACCAAGAUCCAGUCGGUGGAUCGCUUUCAGGCCUCCACCACGGUGCGUUUGGACUCCCUGGGCCGCUCCAUCGACGGCUUCGGCUCGGAGAUCAAGGGCCUGGAGCGCCGCUGCGGCGCCCUGGAUGGUGACAUCCAAACGCUGCAGCUUUGGCAGCAUGGCGCCACGGAGAAGUUCGAGGAACACACGUUGCGGAACCUGCAGAACAAGGGCGACCUCCAGAAGCUCCAGGUAGAUUUGGAAGCCAAAGGUGGCUACAUCAUCGAUCUGCGGGAAGAGAUUGCCCUGGUGCAGCGAACCGUCACCCGAAUCGAUGGGAAUGUGGACGUCAUGCAGAAGUACUUCACGGGCUUCGGCAAGGGCUUGCAGGAAACCACGCGCUGCGUCUCCACUGGGGAGGUGGUCACCCCAAGGAACACCCCGCCUCGGCCGCAGAGCGCCACGGUGCACGCCACAGGUCUGCCUACUCUGCCACUCACAGGUAGCGGGUCCCCACCGAGGCGUCGACCCUGGAGCUCCAAGGAGAACCGGACACGUGACCUGGAAGGCUUCUGAGGCGCUUGCGCAAACGCCAAGUCCUUGGCCACGGGUCAGAAGUUAUCAGGCUUGGCA